AUGACAAACAAGCGGUGUGAAGUCCUCCUGGGUAGUGGAAACUACUUCCACUGGGAGUAUAACAUGCGCAUGACGUUGGCGCGCAAGGGGCUGCUGGUGCACGUUCAAGUCAUCAAGAAAGAAGAAGAGAUGACGGAUGCCUGGCUGUUCAACGACGCUAAGGCACUGGGUAUCAUCGCUCAAGGCAUAGAGCUACAGCACCAGACCAAGAUACGAUUGGCGACGACAGCUAUGCACGCGUGGGUCAUCUUGCGGGACUUCUACAGCCGCACCACGCUCCACAAUCGUGUCUAG